UUCAUCCGCGCUGGUUGUGCGUCCGGUGCUCCGCUAAAAGUAACAAAAAGUGCACAAAUUGCCGGGAGAAAAUGUUACAUUAACGAUAUUUUCGGUUAAUGCUAAGCACACGGAUACGGAUACUCCGAUAUAUACGCAGUUCGCAACCAAAAUCGGUGCAAUACGCGGAUUCGCGCAAACACAACGCAGCGCCUGUAAAAAUCGAAGCCGAAACGAAACAAUAACAAAUGCACUGAAGUUCUUACCAAAUAAUUUGCACCGACAGAAAAGGAGUGGUGAAAAGUGGGCAAAAGUGAUCGAAAAGAUCUAAAAAGUUUGUUCAAAUAGAGAAAGUGUAUGGUUAAAAGUGUGUUCCUGGUGAUAAAUCGGUAAAAAUCGUUCGCUUUCGUUUUUGUUGUGGUCGCCGUUCGCAGAGCUUAUGCAAAUGUGCUGCUCUGCGCCGCUUGUGACAACAAAUUGCUCUCGAAGCUGAGGCUUUUAUGAAUGCUACUGCGUUGGAGUCGGAGUCUGAGUCCGGAUACGCAUCUGGAGGAGAUCGGCGCCGGAGGCAUCCAUCAAAAUGGUCUUCAGCUAUGCGUGCAUGGUGCUCCAGCGCAUCGUGGUGCCAGCGGUCCUGGUACUCGCUGCCCUGAUGCGACCAGUGGGCAUAUCCUUUGUGUACCUUCUGAUGUUCUUUGUGUCGCCCUUUGUCCCGCUGGCCACGCGACGCAACUUCAAAGGAUCUGUGACUGCCUUCUUCAUCAUCCUGCUGACGCUGAGCACGCUGGUCCUCUUGGGUCACAUAACGCUCCAGAUUCUGGCGGUCAGCCUCACGCUGCCCAUCUACAACUGCUCGUUCAGUGAGCGUCUGCUGCGUCACAUUGGCUUUGUGAGCUUUAUUGAUCUACAGCCAUUUGCCAUCAUCGAAUGGUUGGUGCCUGAGGUGCUGGUUUUCGCCACCUCCCUGGGUUCGUAUCUCACGGUGAAGCGAGUGGCCUCUCAGCCCGUCGGCGCCGAGCAGUUGGAGAACGGUGAAGUGGUCGAUGGCCAGGCGGAAAACGCCCAGACAUCUUCUCAGCCAUCUGGCGCAGAUGCCAAUGGAGGAGAUGUGCAACAGGCCACGGUCACCACUCCACUGCAGCAACAGCAGCAGCAGCUGAGGAAACGAGUGUCCAUGAUCAGCCAGCAUAUUCACUUUGAGGGCUUGGUCAAGAUAUCUCCUCUGUUCUGCCUGGCCACGCUGUUCUUUGCGGCCGUGCUGCGUCCCUCGGUGCCCGGCGGAUUUUACUUUCUCAUUUUCCUGCUGGCCGGCACCUACUGGGCAACAUGCCAGACGCUGCAACGGGGCUUCGCUUUGUUGCUGCGCUGCGUGAUGGUCGUCCUCGUGCUGCACUCCCUGUCCAUUGUAUCCUACCAGACGCCAUGGAUGCAGAGCCACCUCAAUCAUACCACCCUGACGGCCCGGUUGAUUGGACUGGAACCGCUUAUUGAAUCCUACUGCUCGCCGGAUAUACGAGUCUUUCUGUACAAUAAUAAGCUAUCCCUGGACUCGUACCUCAAUCCCUUUGCGUUGUUCUUUGCCUACUUCGCACUGGCCCUGACCACCAAGCAUCUCAUUAAGCCACGGUUGGUGCGGCAAAGCACGCGAAAGGCACGCACACCCCAACCGCUGGAAAGUGGAUCCUCGGUGACGCCCAGUGUCACCCAGCGGGGCAACGACAUUCAGCUGGACUCGAUGGAGCAGCGAUCGGAACAGGAGAACACCACCACAUCCAUACUGGAUCAAAUAUCGUAUGGAUUCGUCAGCGUGGGAGGAUUCAUAUAUCAGAACAGCUAUAUAUUCACCAACAUUCUUAUGAUGGCCUGGUCCAUAGUGUAUCACAGUUGGCUGACUUUUGUCCUGUUGCUGUGGGCCAACGUGCUGUGGAUGAUUCCCAACCAGAGGAAGGCCAUGAUGCGGUCCAGUCCCUUUAUAGUCUUGUAUGCUGAGGCCCUUUUGAUUGCCCAAUACAUAUAUGGCAUGGAUCUCAACAACGAAGAGCUGCCCACGAGCGUUCCCACUGCGGGCAUUAACCUGCAACAAAUUGGCUUCGAACGACCCAUCGAGAACCAAAUGCGUCCAUGUGUGCCGCUGAUCGUGAAGACAGCGUUUGUGCUAAUGUUUUGGGUGACGUCCCGACAGUUCUUCAAGGAGAAGCGCGAUCGCCGAAGAGACAGCACUCUGGCGGACAUCAUUGCCCCACUGCAGAUCACUGUGGGAUCGGCUGGCUCCAGCUACCUCAUCAACGAUGGCAAGAAGACCUCAAAGUUCCUAAAGAAGGCCGGCGAUGUGAUCAAGAAUCUACUGGUGCGCCUGUGGAUCUGGCUACUCGUGCUGGUUAUCUUCCUUUGCGCCAUCACUGGCGAGAACAUGACCGGCUUCCGCAUCUGCUACAUGGCCCUGUUCCUAUUCUUCUUGCUAGUCUUUCAAUCGUCGUCCAAGGCGUGGGUUAAGAUCAUGUACGGCUUCUGGCUGUUUCUGAUCUUCUAUGCCAUGUCCAUACUUAUAUUGAUCUACACAUAUCAAUUCGAUAAGUUCGACAAGUACUGGAGCGACUAUCUCAAUGUGUCCGCGACUUUGCAAAAGGACAUCGGCCUUAAGCGCUAUCAGACCAAGGAUCUGUUCCUCCAUUUGGUCUCACCAACGAUAAUUGUGAUCCUGACCGUCAUCCAAGUGCACUACUUCCACAAGCGCUUCAUUGCAUCAUUGCAACAGCAGCCGUUGGCUGGCGGAUCGGCACAGCAGAAACCCACGGAGACAACUGCCUUGGAAUCGGCGCCAUCGAAGCGACGUGGCAGCGCCGGUUCUCUGCGUAGAUCCCAGGGUCCAUCGGCGGAGGCUGCGCCAGGAGCCACCACCGAUUUCGAGACAUCUGUGCGAGACUUGGUGCGCAUAUCGUUCCGUAAGAUCAAGAACAAGUCGGAGUACAUCUUCAAGAACUUCAAGGAUGUCUUCUGGCGCUUCCUGGAGCUGCACAUCAUGAAGGCUGUGUAUAUCGCAGCCUUCGUGUGCAGUGUCAGCGAAGUCUGCGUACUGCACAUUAUCUUUGUGGGUUUCUGUGUGCUGGGCGCCACCUCGCGGAAGGCCGUCCAGGUGGUGAUCAGCCGCCUCAUCUCGUUCAUUGUCACCGUCAUAGUUCUGUCAAAGAUGAUCUACCAGAUCGAGUACCUGAGUCACUCGCAGCACAACGUGGUUUGUUCUGACAACCGGACUGCCAACAAUGCGGAGUGGAUUGGCCUCACCAAGGCUGACAAGGUAACUGGCGGACUGAUGAGCCUGUUGCGCACCUACAUCAUCUACAUGGUUAUUGUGACCAUGCACGCAGUGAUCAGUUUGCGGCAGCUUCAAAUGCGCGUCAAGAUCGGAGCACUGAAUGCUCCACCCACCAAGCUGCUGUUCCCCAAUAUUAUUCGAGCUGAUGCUGAGAAGGAUCUGGUGGGGCUGGUCAAGUAUCUCCUCAACUUUGGCUUCUACAAAUUCGGCAUUGAGAUAUCGCUAAUCGCGCUGGUCUCCACCAUCACAUAUCGUCAGGAUAUUGUGGCCGUAGUCUAUGCGCUGUGGCUGGUGGUGCUUUUGCUUCUGCGGAGAUCGCAGUGCGCCAAAAUAUGGGGCGUUUUUCAGGCAUUCUUUGCCAUCUCCAUACUGACACAGUAUAUAGUGCUGGUAGGACUGCCGCCGAGCUCAUGCCUAGUGUUUCCCUGGGAUGAAGGUCCCUUCGGCGAGGGCAUACAACGGUGGACGAUGCUGCCAGGAGCCCUGCACUUCAACCACGUACCGAAGCUGAUCUUCGACUUCAUUGUCUUGGUCAUUCUGAACCGCCAGAAGAGUAUCUUCUGCAUCGAACAGCGUUAUGCCAGUAACGACGACUAUCCGGGUGGCAGCAAUCGCAGUGUGAUCGCGGAUAUUGCUCAGCUAGGUCGCGUUCCCUUCGACAAUCCCACCCACGACUUUUGCUCGUACAUACGGAACUACUCGGACAUCCUCAAGAACGGAGUGCUGUGCGGCUUCUACUGGUUUACUCUGGCAGUUGUAUUCUUGGCCGGCACCAAUAUUGCGGAUCUGCUGGCACUGGGUUAUCUGAUUGGAGCGUUUAUCUUCCUAUGGCAGGGAUCGGAUUUCUAUCUGCGUCCCAUACACACCAUCAUCUUUCGCUGGAAGUGGCUGUUGGCAUUCAAUGUGGCCAACAUACUCAUCAAGACGUCCUUCCAAAUGGCCGGCUGUUUGUUCAUGACCCAACUGACGAAAGACUGCUGCUGGCUGGUGCACAUGCUCGGCAUCACCUGUACAAGCAAUGUGCUUACAGAGCAAAUAAUGCUGCCCGAUGAGGCUGAAUUGGCGCUUAAGCCAGGCGAAUGUCCUAAGAUCACCCACCAGGUGGUCCUCCUGUGGGACACGAUAUGCUUCGCCUUCAUCAUCUUCCAGCUUCGCAUCUUCAAGUCACACUACUUCUGUCACAUCAUAACGGACACCAAAGCAAAUAACAUCCUGGCCUCAAGAGGAGCCGACAUCAUUGAGAGCUUACGACAUAAGCAGAUAGCCCAUCGUCACGACCAUGAAAAGCAGGUGCUACAUAAGAUCAAGCGAAAGAUGGAGCGCAUCCGAGCCACGCAGCAGAAGAUGCUUCGCCCCUUGGACAAACAAACCCACUUCGACGGGCGACGCACGCCCUCAGAGCACGCCAUGUCCGAUGUGGCGCCUUUGGCCCACAAUAGCAGCUUCACCUCUUGUCAGGGAUCUGGCUAUCUGACCCCAGAUGAGCAUAGCUCCGCCACCUCAGGCACUUCAUCGCCAGCCAGAGCUUCGAUCCUCUCCAGCAGUGGAGGCAGCGUGGAAAGCGUGGACAGCGCAGACGCUGCCGUGAUUAUUGAACCGGAAAUCAAUGUGAUGCCGUGUGAGGAGAUUACGGACUAUGUGGAUGUGCAGUCGGUCAGCGAGGAGGAAACAACUGUGGCAAUGCCUAAGAAGCAUCUUGGCUCUCAAUCGAAGGAAUGUGUUUUCAAAAGCCCAGAGCCCUCGAAGCCAACCACGCCGAGUACGGAUGCGUUGUCUACUCUCCUGACCGAGGGAUUUUUGGAACCCAAAAGGAUCUCUUUGGGAUUGGCUCCUAAUGAGCUAAGUCCUCCUGUUGGGAUGCAGUGCCUGGCUCCUCCGUUGGCUGCUUAUGCCACAGCCAUGGCUUCCAGUGCAGCCAGCUCUGUGCUGUCCUCCAAUCUGACUCCAAAUCUUCGACGAGAACAUCGCCGCCAGUCGUCAACCAAUGCCGCUGUUUCCUGGAACGAAACUGUAUCCAUCAAACGAUCGCCCAUGAAAAAGCAAAUGUCGGCGGAUAAAGAGGAGGUGGUUACCAUGCGGCACAAGUCGCUCCACCGCCGACACCAGAGCAUGGGUAAUGCCAGUUACUCCUUGGAUGAAGCCAGCCAGUCGCAAUCGCAGCGCAAGCGGUUGUCCAGCAACUUAUCCGGAGCUAGGGACGAGGCCGCUCUGCGAUCCGCACAGAGACCACAUAGCUGGGGACCCGUGGGUACGAGCUCCUAUAUGGAGUCGCUGAUGUGCGCCUUCUACGAGCCUGCUCUGCUGCAUGGACCAUCUACCCGUGCUGGUGACUACUACAUGUUCGAGGAGAUGGACGAUAAGUUUGAGCUCGACUUGAUACACGACGAGAUCGACUUCCUCGAGGAGGAGAACAUCACCGAGAGCGAAAUGAAGAUGCAGCGACGCAAGACCCUCUACGAUCUAUUACCAGCCAGUGGUCUAACUCGCUAUAUUUAUUUGAACCCACAGAAGUCGAAGGAUGCACCGCCAGGCGAGUUUCCCUCCACCAGCAAGGGUAUUUCCAAGGAGCGCGAUGCGGCGACGGCUUCCAGUUCGGCUAGUCCAGCGCCCACUAGGGAUGUGGGUGAUCUGCCCGUGAUUCCACCACCCUCGACUGGCCUAGGACGUGAGCAAACCUCCAAGGAGACCUCCGAUAGCAAGUCCAAAAUGGAAGUGGACAGCGGAGAGGUGACGGCCAAGGAUUCGGAUGAGGACUUUGAUACCAAUCCCAUUAUCAGACUGCUCGAGGGCUUCUUGGUCACGCUGACCAUAAGACUGAACCGCUUCUCGCGCAACUAUCGCUUUGUGAAUCGCAUCCUGGCCGGCGAAAAGAAGACCCUGAAGGAGUCCAGUUCGUUGAACCGCCUGGGGCUGUCCAGUGCCGCUGCCAUGUUUCACUUCCUCAAGUCCAAUCUCGAGAGCGAUGAAAGUGACCCGCCCGCCUCCUCAUCCACCCCGCGGCGGGUGGUGAUCGCACCACCGAAUGCCAACGAGCACUCAGACCCCACCAGCACCACACUGAACACGAACACGACAACCACACCGCUAUCACCACCAGAACCACUGCAACCAACUACAACCAGUACACCACAGCAACAGCAUCAGCAUAUUCGCGCUGCCGAAGAAAUCAUCGAACUGCCUGUAGAUACCGUGGAUGGAGUCGCCCAUAGAAAACAAUCAAUCAAUUCAUCGCCGCCAGCCAAGGGCACGAUGCUCAGUCGAAAAUCGGAUUGUGGCCUGCCUGAGAUCCGUAUUAAAGCGCCAUCUGUCGAGCGCGGUGCACACUAUUACCAUAAUCACCACAGCGGCGGUGGCUCAGGAUCCUUGAGCAAACACUGGUCCUACGAGCAGGUGGACAGCGCGGGCGAAUUCAAUCUGGAGGAGGAGAACUUCGCCCAGAGAGAUCAUCACAUCAUUGUCGAGGUGCUGAUCUCCUCGUGGUAUGCCCUGUUGGCCAACACGGAUCUCAUCUGCUACAUUGUGGUGUUCAUCAAUCAGGUGGUCAAUGCCAGUCUCAUUUCGCUACCGCUGCCCAUCAUGGUCUUUUUGUGGGGUACACUGUCUCUGCCUCGUCCCACUAAAACCUUCUGGGUCACGCUGAUUGCCUACACCCAGGCCAUCGUGCUGAUCAAGUGCAUCUUCCAGUUUAAGCUGAUCUGGUCCAAUUACCACCAACUGCCCAAUCAGCCGCUGACACCUGCCAAAAUAUUCGGCGUUGAGAACAAGGCACACUAUGCGAUUUACGACCUGAUCCUAUUGCUGGUUCUAUUCCUGCAUCGCUAUCUGCUUAAAUCACAAGGCCUGUGGAAAUCGGGCUACAAGGACACGGAUAACCAGUUCACCAAACCCACCGCUAGCAUUGAUGAACGCGACGAUAGCGACAACCUAUCCCAACCGGAUUCCCGCCAGCUAAACGAUGAUGCUGCUCAGAAGCUGAGUCUCCAAGUGAGCCAGGCUUCAUUGCCAGGAUCGCCAGAGUUCAGCAAGACGGGCAUCAAUCAGCUAGAGCGCACCAAGUACACAUCAUCGCUGUACAAAUUCUUCUUCAGUUUGGUCCACAAAUCCCGUCUAGCCACAGAUGUAUACGCUCUGAUGUUCCUCUGCGAUUUUGUGAACUUCUUUGUGCUUCUUUUUGGCUUCACUGCAUUUGGAACUCAGCAAACGGAAAGUGAUGAAGGUGUGCAGACAUAUCUUGCGGAAAACAAAGUGCCCAUACCAUUCCUGAUUAUGCUACUGGUUCAGUUCCUGCUCAUCGUCAUUGAUCGCGCUUUGUAUCUGCGUAAAGCCCUGGUGAACAAGAUCAUCUUCCACUUCUUCUCGGUUAUCGGUAUACACAUCUGGAUGUUCUUCGUUGUGCCUGCAGUUACGGAACGCACUUUCAACUCCCUCGCACCUCCAAUAAUAUUCUACGUUAUCAAGUGCUUUUACAUGCUGCUCAGCUCGUAUCAAAUUAAAUCCGGUUACCCCAAGCGCAUUCUGGGCAACUUCUUCACAAAGGGAUUCUCGAUGGUCAAUAUGAUUGCCUUCAAGGUGUACAUGCAGAUUCCAUUCCUGUACGAGCUGCGAACCAUAUUAGAUUGGGUGUGCAUUGACAGCACCAUGACCAUCUUCGACUGGCUGAAGAUGGAGGACAUUUUCUCGAAUAUAUAUCUUAUCCGCUGCACCCGGCAGUCAGAGACUGAUUUUCCGGCCAUGAGAGCUCAGAAGAAAGCCUCACUUUCCAAGCUGAUAAUGGGUGGCACCGUCGUCCUGCUGAUAGUGAUUUGCAUUUGGGGACCACUGUGUCUGUUUGCUCUUGGCAACGCGGUGGGCACCUCGAAUGUGCCCUUCCAUGUGUCGCUAUCAAUACGAAUUGGACCCUAUGAUCCCAUCUACACAACGAACAACUACGACAGUAUCUUCGAGAUCAAUCCUGAGAUGUACUCUCAGAUGACUAACGCAUACAUAAAGGAGAAACAGGCUUUGACGUUUAUUGCUGGUUAUGAUGCAACGGAUGUAGCGGCGGUUAGACUAGCUGGCAAUUCACCAUCUCUAUGGAAUAUAGCACCGCCGGAUAGGCAGCGACUACUAAAUGAUUUGAGAAACAAUCACACACUGAAGGCCCGGUUUUCCUAUUCCCUCACCCGAAAGGCUCCUGCGAAGGGGCUAAAGGAAAAUGUGGGUGACGAGCAUGCCAUAUCGCUGGACGAGUCAUUUGAGGGACGAGCAGCACUCAUUCAUAUGCUAAGCGAAACCCACGAUGUGGAGCCAAUUCACAGCAAUGGGACCACAAAUGGUACCACUCCGGAAGUUGAAGAAGUGGUGGUGAUACCCGGUAUGAUACCCAAGUUUAUCAAGGUUCUCAAUUCGGGCGACGCUGCGGUGGUAAGUGUUUUGAGCCCAAAACACUACGACUAUCGACCGUUGGUUAUCAAAAUGCAUCGAGAUAACGAGACCAAUGGGUUGUGGUGGGAGAUUCGGGACUAUUGCAACGAUACCUUCUACAACGAAACUCUAUCGAAGUUUGCAUACAGCAACUGCACUUCAGGAAUUGUUAUGUACACGUUCAACGAUAAAAAGUUCCCAUCCACGUUCAGCUUCCUCACAGCGGGAGGCAUCAUUGGUCUGUACACCACCUUUGUGUUAUUGGCCUCGCGCUUUAUGAAGUCCUUCAUUGGCGGGCAAAACAGAAAGAUCAUGUUUGAAGAUCUGCCCUAUGUUGAUAGAGUGCUGCAACUCUGUCUGGACAUUUAUCUGGUACGGGAGGCAUUGGAAUUCGCUCUGGAAGAGGACCUGUUUGCCAAAUUACUCUUCCUAUACCGAUCGCCCGAAACGCUAAUCAAGUGGACCCGUCCCAAGGAGGAAUACGUGGACGAUGAUGGCGACACCGACUCGAUUCCCAGUCGAAUGAGCGUGCGCCGGCCGGAGCAACUGCAGCCACAGCAACCGCAAUAACAUAGGCCUAAUCCAAUCGCUUAACUAAAGUAGAGUUUGUUUACGUAUUUAGUACGUAUUGCGUUAUCGUAGGUUUCAUAGUCUUUUUUAAACGUUUUUAUAAGGAGAAAGAGAACACAAAUCGAAACACAAAAGUACGCAUCACCCAUUUAUACAGUCGUUCGAUUUUUUGUCAAAAGUACUGCCCAUGUGUAAAACUGUGUAUUUAGUAACUAAGCGAAAAGUGUUGAUGUUUGUUAAUACGAACAAUUGCAAAUAAUAGUGAAUUGUAAUUGCCUAAUCAAGGAAAUAAUUUAUUUAAGUUACUUCUAAAUAAGUGUAAAAAUUGAAGAUUAAGUGCGAAAAUACUAAUAAUAAUGAUGAAAACUCAUAUUCAGGGAAUUUAGCAUUUUACAGAAACCGUAAAUAUAAUAACUAACCUAAAGCAUCCGAGUUAUUAAGUAAAAAUAGCGAUUAAAUAAUAAAUGUUUUAUAUUUAUACAACAAAAACAAUAUCAUGUAAAAUUAGCCAUUGCUUCGAUUCGCAUACAUUUCUAUGCUGUUUGCCUAAUUGUGCCCUUUACAACUGAUUGAAGAUAUUACGUCUAUGUUAUACUGUUUACUAUAUAACUAAAUCGAUACAUAUUGCAUAUAUAGAGCGUUGACUUUAGUUUUAGGCAUAUCACUUGACAUAUUUUUGUAUUGAACGCAAAUAUCAUUUGCUUAAACGACUCCUUUCUAGGCAAAUUCAUAUCAAAAU